AUGCGGUCUCUCUCCUUUCUAGUCCUAGCCUUGUUGUAUCACCUGCCUUUGGUAGUAGCUGAUAGGACCAGCAACGCUCACAACACUCCUACGGUGUGCAACACCGAACCUAUCGCUACUGGCACCGCCGUAGCCCAAAAAAGAGUACGCAGAGAGCGCGAUGGACGUGCACACGCGGAAGCUCUACGCAACGCUUUGUCGGGAAGAGAUUUGUCUAAGAGAUCGGGUAUGGUUACAUACGAUGCCAACUGCGACAAUGCUCCUCCAACCAGCAGUGGUUAUAAGCCGAGCAAUGGAUUCGCUACCAUGAAGAGCGUUCUUCAACAAGCAUACACAGAUGCAGUAGCGCUCGCUGAUGCCGCUGCCAGCAUUGGAGAAAACAAUCUAGCAUUCACUCACUACUUUGGUGGCGAUCAGACUGAUGAUCAAUACACUCACUUCAAGAAUAUGAUGUCAGCUGUCAAAGGCGAUACUCCCCAAUACUUCAGCAUUCAAUUCGAAUGCUCUGGAAGUGUAUCAGUCUGUACUGGAAGCAACUCUGUCGCUGUCACGGAUGCCAGCGUUGGUGCUCCAAACGAUGAAAAGAUCAUCAACAUCUGCACGCCUUUCUGGACAGCAGCUUCAACAAGAUUCUUGCUAUAUGACUCAAGCAAGGAAGGCGGUGUGCCAUAUCGAGAUAAUUCUGCCUCUGGCUGGUGCAACAAAGAUAAUCAAGGCAACAGCAGGCGGAAUUGUCAAUUUUAUGCUACCGCCGGCGAAACUAUCCUGCAUGAGCUCACCCACCUUGAUUCUCUUAGCACCCAGGCCGGCCUACUAGCACCUACUGAAGGCAAUGAUAUAGGGCGACACGGCACUGAUGACGCCCAAACUGGAUGUGAACUACUCGGUGCAAGAGACUUAUUACGAAAUUACCAAGCCGAUAACAACCUCACACGCCCGGACUAUAAUGCUGAGAGCUACGCAGCCGCCGCCACCGAACUUUACUUUAUGAAUCUUUGCAGUAUCAGUGAGAUCCGUCCAUUGGUGGUUGCCCAAGCUGCCUCAGCUGUGCCCACACCUGCCUCGUCCACGCCGACGCCUACAUCAGUAGCUCCGCCUCCAGCUUACGCCACCGGAACCUGUUCCUUCCAUCUCCGAGAAUGGCAAGACUGCGCGGACGACAGCCAGAACUUGUUCGCCAUUGUCAACAUGGUGGACAACGACAAGAACGACAUCGGAGACACGGAGACCGAUCCUCCUAACAAUACAUUAGGCGAUCCAAUCAAUACAUCCGAUCCGUACUCUUUCACAAGCAAGCUCCCCCUUCCUCUAGUCAUUGUGGGAGAACAUGAGAACGAUUACGUGCAAUUUACCUAUGGAUCUCUGUCGUGGACGAGCAGGACCACGAGUGGCCCGGCUACUUGCAGUAUUGGCGGUUGGAAUCCCAGAGACGGCCCUAACCGGAAACACUAA